GCCCCGGCACUUCCUGGGGGCGGAGAGCGCCGAAGCAGCUGCAGGCACCCGGUCCCGAGACUCCCGGCCGCUCCCCUCGAGUCCCGCACCGUCGCAGCUGGGAGUCAGCGUGCGUCCUCGCCCCCGCGACCCGAGGCCCCUCCGCUGUCAGCUCGGGGAGCCCCGCCUCCAUCCCCGGGACCCGCUGGAGCCGGGCCCAGGCCAGGCCUCUGGCUGCCCCCAGGACCCGAGGGGUCUGCCCGCGGCGACGGCGAUCCGCCCGAGGACUCGGAGGCUGGACCUGCCAACAGGCGGCCUGGCGCUCGACCGUCACCUGCCGGUUGGGUCCGGAAGCCCCGUCUACAGACCGCAGAACGGACCGCUGGCCGCCCAGAGGUGGACGCGUCUGGACGGAACUUGCCAUCCUCUUGGACUUCGCUGCGCGCUCCGCAUCAGCCCUCCAAGCCCCUGGGCGCUCUGUGCCCAGGAGCCAUCCCCCACCGCACGGUAGCUGGGGGAGCCCCGAAUCUUGCUGCCUUCGACUCAACCAGUGCCUCCACCUGAGUCUGAACCUUCCGACCCCUGUCUGCACACACCCAGGCAGUCCUGCCUUUUUCUCUUUAGGUGUCUCCAGCACUCCCCAAAAUUUCCCCUCCUCCUGUGCCCUCUUCACCCCCCUCCUUUGGGGGCCCCGUGACCCUGAAUGUGGGGGGCACGUUAUAUUCCACCACUUUGGAGACCCUGACUCGCUUCCCAGACUCCAUGCUGGGGGCCAUGUUUAGGGCUGACACCCCUAUUCCCCCCAACCUCAACUCCAAGGGCGGUGGCCACUACUACUUCAUCGACCGGGAUGGCAAGGCCUUCCGGCACAUUCUCAAUUUCCUGCGGCUGGGCCGCCUGGACCUGCCCCUGGGAUAUGGGGAGACAGCGCUUCUCAGGGCAGAGGCCGACUUCUACCAGAUCCAGCCCCUCCUAGAUGCCCUGCGGGAACUGGAGGCCUCUCAGGGGACCCCUGCACCCACAGCUGCCCUGCUCCACGCAGAUGUGGAUGCCAGCCCCCGCGUGGUGCACUUCUCUGCGCGCCAGGGCCCCCACCACUAUGAGCUGAGCUCUGCCCGGGUGGACACCUUCCGAGCCAACAUCUUCUGCACCGACCAAGAGUGUCUGGGUGCCUUGAGGGCCCGAUUUGGUCUGGCCAAUGAGGAGAGAGCAGAGGGGGGACCACACUUUCGUCUGGAGUGGGCCCCCCGCCCCACGGAACUUCCGGAAGUGGAGUACAGGAAACUGGGGCUGCAGCCACUGUGGACUGGGGGGCCGGGAGAGCGACGGGAAGUGGCCGGCACACCGGGCUUCCUGGAGGAGGUGCUCCGGGUGGCUCUGGAGCAUGGCUUCCGGCUGGACUCCGUGUUCCCUGACCCUGAAGACCUACUCAACUCCAGGUCUCUGCGCUUUGUUCGACACUAAGAACUAAGCUGGGACUAUUGCCCUUGGUUUGACUGUAGGGGGGUGGGGGGAGGGAG